GUAAAUUAACAAUUACUAUAAGAAUAGUGUUAUAGUGAAUGUGAUGAGUGAUGAGAUGAAUGCUUCACCUUCUUCAAUGGUGGUUGGUGAUUUCAUUGUUGAUGAAGAUGGAUGCAGCAUCUGUCUUGAUCCCUUCACCUCUCUUCAUCCUGCCACUGUUACAAAAUGCAAGCAUGAGUAUCAUUUGCACUGCAUUCUUGAAUGGUCGCGUAGAAGAAGCCAGUGCCCAGUAUGUUUGCAGCAUCUUGUUCUGAAAGAUCCAGCCAGCCAAGAGAUGGCAGCAGCAGCUACGAGGGAGAACGAGUCGAAAACAAAAAGAUCAAAUCAAGAAACUGAGCAUCCACCUCGUGCACGCGGGCGCCUAAUGAGGCGUCGUGCUGCUGCUGUUCCUCCGGGUGCUCGUAGGAUUAUGGUUGUUAGAAGAAGAAGGCCAUCGACUAAUCCACCUCCGUUGCAUUACUUCCCGGCCACAGAUUCAUCGCCAUCUGCUGCGCCUGCUGUUACUCCUGCAGACACUAGAUCAAGAUCAAGAUCCAGCGAGUCUCUCAAGUCCAGACUCUCAACGGCUUCGAUCAGGUACAGGGAAUGGUUCUCGAAGGGCACGCGCAGCUUGAAGGAGAAAAUCAUGGCUCGGAACGACUCCAUGAAGGAACUAAGCAGCACGGGUAUUGCUGGAAUAGCUAAGCUGAUUUCGCGAGUUUCCUCCACUGGUUCAACAGCAGGAGCCUCACACUCGAGACGUAAGGCGGGGGGGCAUUAAAGGCGACUCUGUGGUCGAGUCCCUUCUCCCGACUGAAAGGUCGUGAGUUCGAAUUCCAUAGGUUUUGAUGUAGUCAAAGAAUGGAAAGUGAAGUUUCUGUUAUGGCUGAUCUUUUCUUGGCUAUUCUAAUGUUUUUGCUUUGAAGGUUAAUGGCUAUUUGCUGCUCUAGAAAAUAUUUUAUUUCUUUUUAGUUAGAAGGGAGGAAUGGAUUGGGGAUUGAAGAGUACCA